CGAGGCGGAUGUUGUCGUCUCUGCGAGUGCCCAAACCGGCAAGAUGGCGUCGAGUGGCGGGGAGCUUGGGGGCGUAUUCGACCACCACGUCCAAAAGGCUGUGUGCGACUCGCGGGCCAAGUAUCGGGAGGGGCGACGGCCUCGCGCUGUCAAGGUAUAUACAGUCAAUUUGGAAUCUCGGUACUUAUUAAUACAAGGAGUUCCUGCAGUGGGAGCGAUGAAGGAAUUAGUUGAGCGAUUUGCUCUGUAUGGUGCAAUUGAACAGUAUAAUGCUCUAGACGAAUACCCAGCAGAAGACUUUACAGAAGUUUAUCUUAUUAAAUUUCUUAAUUUACAAAGUGCAAGGAUAGCCAAGAGAAAAAUGGAUGAACAAAGUUUCUUUGGUGGAUUGCUUCAUGUGUGCUAUGCUCCAGAAUUUGAGACAGUUGAAGAAACCAGAAAAAAAUUACAAGAGAGGAAUGCUUAUGUGGCAAGAACUACUAAAAAUAAAGAUCAUUACAUGACAAAGAAGCAUAAAGAUACAAAAGAUUUUAGACAGAACUUCUAUUCGAAGACCUCUGGAUUUCCUGCAGCCUCUUGGAACACAUCUACUGGGAACUCAGAUCUUUGUCUUCCUUAUUCUUGUGAGUUGCCUUUGUGCUGUUUCUCCCCCAAAUGUACAUGUUCAUCAGGAGAACAUGUGGACAGAGCAUCAAACUCCUCUCAGGAUGGUAGAAACCAUGAUGAAACACUGGAGCAUUGUAACCACUAUGACUCUCUGCAGAAAAUGCAGAUGAAAACUUUGAAAAAUUCAUUGGCCUUCCCUGGCGCACAGAAGGCUAUUACUCCUUCAGAGGCAGUUGACAGAUUUAUGCCUAGGACAACACAACUGCAGGAGCGGAAAAGAAGAAGAGAAGAUGAUUGUAAACAUGGAACUCUUCUUGAAGCAAGCACAAGUAGUAAUGAGGUUAUGAUUGGCCCUCAGUUACCAGACAUUCCGAAAGUAGACAUGCAUGAUGACUCGUUGAAUACAACAGCGAAUUUAGUUCGGAAUAAACUUAAAGAGGUAAUUUCAUCUGUGCCGAAGCCUCCAGAGGACAAGCUGGAAGGUGUGCGUGGAAGUCAUCCUUUAAAACAAAGAAGAAGAAUAUAAAUUGUCUGCAGUAAACUAACAUUUUUAAAGGCCUAUGUAUUUUUUAUUUUUAGA